CCACCAGAGAAGAGUGGGAGGAAAAACAGACUUUUUCUGUCGUUUCUGUUUUCUUCUAUUCCAGGACAUCUAAAGUUAGACAAGCCCGUCCCAGUUGCCUGUUAUCUACAUGCAACUUAUAUUCUUUUUUUUAAAAAGAAUAUUAGUAUUUUGCCUUUCAAACAUCCCUCGCCUUUCAAACAUGUCUUUUACUCCCUAGCAACCGUUGUUUUCUCCAUUUCACUUUCGCUGAGUAUCAUCUCCAUCCAUGUCUUUUUCUGUGUGGAUUUAGACUCCUACCUGGUGCAGGAGAGAAUUUCAGCAAAACCAUGGCAGACCUGUCACACGUCAAGCUGAUGGACCCAAUCCUUUGAGACGUAAAAACCCAGAAAGUGAAUGAUGCACAUGUGCAUCCUUACGUCUGCUGAGGGGGGAACAGGAAGCCCACAGGUGUCCCUCUUUUCUUCAACGGUGUGAUCUACAAGGAAGGUGAGACUCCAGUGAAGAGCCUGAAGAGCCUGCAGCAUCUGACCUCAUGGAUUGUCUUUCUGGUGAUGAGACGUGUGCAUGCAUCCUGCACACAGAUGUUCUGCUGAGGUGAAUUGAGGUCAAAGCGUGAACAACCUCGUGUCGACACCUCUCCGCCGCGAGAACACACACUUUUCUAGAGUUUAGGAGCCUGUCAUGAAAGGCCCAAAUCUCCGCCGGGGGCUGCUGGUGCUUCUGCUGCUUUGGACCUUGUCAGCAGUGUCGGCGGCGGCAGGUGUCGCGAGCGCGGAACGAGGAGGAGCUGGACGUAGCCAGAGGAGAGGAGGAACUGGUGGCGGCGGAGGAGCCGCAGAGAAGAGGAGGAGGUUUCACCGCAUCCAGCACGGCCAGUGCAGCUACACCUUCAUCCUGCCGGAGCUGGACGCCUGUCAGGGCGCCGGGUCGCCGUCGCAGACCGAACAAUACGGGGGGUCUCGCGGGGCCGUGAGUGGUGUGCAGAGGGACUCGCCGCCUGUGGACGCCAACUGGUCGUCUCAGAAACUGCAGCACCUGGAGAGCAUCAUGGAGAACAACACGCUGUGGCUGCACAAGUUGGAGAACUUCAUACAGAAGAGCUUGAGGCGAGAUGUCGCCAACAUGCAGUCACACGCCGUUCACAACCAAACGGCCACGAUGUUGGAGAUCGGAACAAACCUCCUGACCCGCACGGCAGAGCAGACACGCAAACUCAACGUGGUGGAAGCCAAGGUGCUGAAUCAGACAUCGCGGAUAGAGAUCCAGCUUCUGGAGAAUUCUCUCUCCACGAACAAGCUGGAGAAAGAGCUGCUACUACAGACCACUGAGAUCAGCCAGCUGCGAGACAAGAACAGUCGUCUUGAGAGCAAAGUUCAGGUGCUGGAGAACCGGCAGCGAGGAGAGCUGGAGGACAUGAGACAAGAGAGGAACAAACUGCAGUCAGUGGUCCGGACGCAGAUGGUGGCGAUAGAUUCUCUGGAGAGGCAGCUGAGAGUUGCAAGCAGCAACAACACGGCUCUGCAGCGGCAGCAGGCUCAGCUGAUGGAGUCGGUGCACACACUCAUUAACAUGGUGGCCAGCACGACAGGGUCUCCUCCUCAGAGCCAAACGUGGAAAGACUGUGCGGAUGUUUACAGGGCGGGCUACUCCGUCAGCGGCGUGUAUCAGAUCUACAUCGGCAACAGGACCGAACCUGUGCAGGUAUACUGUGACAUGGACACAAGCGGCGGCGGCUGGACGGUUUUCCAGCGGCGCUUUAAUGGUAGCGUGGACUUCCAGAGGAGCUGGAAGGAGUACAAGAUGGGGUUCGGGGACGUGCUGGGGGAGCACUGGUUGGGGAACGAAGUGUUGCACCUGCUGACCAAUCAGGACCAGUACUCUCUGAGAGUGGAGCUGAGGGACUGGGAGGGAAUCGCCUCCCAUUCCCAGUACGACCGAUUUACGCUGACCAGCGAGAGACAGCAGUACAGGUUGUUUCUGCGAGGCUACAGCGGGACAGCAGGAAGGCAGAGCAGCCUGACCAGCCACGGCGCCGGAUUCAGCACCCGGGACCAGGACAACGACAACUGUGACCACUGCAAAUGUGCCCUCAUGCUCACGGGAGGUUGGUGGUUUGACGCCUGCGGAUUCUCCAACCUGAACGGGAUCUACUACACAGUCGGCCACAACAUCAGGAAGCUCAACGGCAUCAAAUGGCACCACUUCCGAGGUCCCAGCUACUCCCUGCGCUCCACCUCCAUGAUGGUACGGCCCUACGACUUCUAACAACGCCCUCAACCUUGGGAAUGGUGCCGCCCUUCACUCCUGACAACCAUCCAGCAGCAGCUCAGCGGCUUGUGAUUGCCCUUCAAAAGACAAAAUACGUCCCGAUGAUGUCCAACUUAGAAGAACACCGCUUUCAGCCGUUACUGGCGUUAUUCUUUUUUUCACGUAUAACAAAACAGAAACGGACAGCAUGCUAGGAAUAAAAAGAAGGCAUAUGCUUGCCAGUAACUGUGAUAGGUGAUGGAUAUUUCUUAGUUUUGGGGACAAAAUGUGAGUGAAAUCUUCACAAUCACCCAGGCACAGUUGCUACAUUGGAAAGUUUUAAAGGUUGGACGGAGUUUAGAGUUAAUAUCCUUUAUGAUUUCAAAACUUCUCUUGGAUUUGGAUUAAUGUGCUCCACAAAUCUGAUGGAAAUACCUCCUGUGGGCAUCCUUCUAGAAGAUAAUAGUGACUGUGUUUUUUUUUUUUCUUCGCUGAAAAGUGGGCCGCAAGCCCUAAAAAUAAUCACCAACAUCAUAAAAUCAGUAUGGAAGCACAGAAAAACUGAUACGGGAAGUUAUGAGGUCUUGACCCUCCUGCACAGUCCGGAGCUGAUCAGCAGGUUCUCAACCGAACAAGCUUCUGCAACAAUGACAUUUUGAAGCAAUGAAAGGAUCUUAAAUGGUGUCUGGGUCUGUUUAGAUGAAAAAAACAGGCUUUGCAUUGUAUAAGGUCCAAUGUUUGAAAUGUGCUGUCUAUGAUUUUGCUCAUUACAGGUAAUAAUCUGCAGACAAAUUAUUAAUGGCAAUAAUCCUUAGCUGCUGGGCUACAGAACGGUGGUGGUUUGUGGAAGAGCAUGUCUCUUUAAGACUCGUUUUACAUGUAAAAUAAAACAAACAUCCCAUGCAGUACGUUGCAACAACCAAACAGCAAAUGAGUGGGAACACGUGAAGCAUCUCUGGACAGAUGCAGAUGUCAGGAAACAAAGACAGUUUCCAUGUUUCUGUGGAUCGUUUCUGUGUCAACUGUAAAACAAUACAUGCGAUGGCACCAACGCUUCUGUGGACUAAAGAGGCUGACGUCAUGGCUGAUGGAAAUUCAAGCGAGCAUCAUAAACACAGCUGAAUGAGAUGAAUGCGGUUUGAAAUUGAAGCCAAACCUAUUUAUCUGAUGAGCAAGAAAGACGUCAAGAGCCACAACAGAUGAUCUCCGGUUUGAGAAGGGGAUCCUUCCCAUCAUGCCCUGCAGCUGCAGCGAGCUGUGAGACUGAGCAAGGAGCAAGGACGUCUCAGCUGCUUCUGCCAUGCCAAAACAGACAAAUGAAUUAAUGUCAGUGCACCACAAACUGUUUACUCUGCACGUUGCUGGACGAGGCAAAGACUUGCAUCUUUGUUCAUGACACAUGACAGCUGAUGGAUGAUCAGAGGCUGGUCUGCUGGAGAGAGCUGCAGCUGCAGACACUCCGAGCAUCGAGGCCGUCCUCGUUGUCCAGGAAAUGGUAACAGGCAGACUGUCGUGUUUAUGGAUAAGUGACUGUAUUUGUGUCCAUGGCAAGCCUCACUGAACAAUAAAGGAAGGAAAGAAGGAAACAAGAAACGUGGAAAGAAAUACAUUAAAUGGAUUAGGAUGAAAACACACUGAAAAAAAAAAAAAUCCAAAUCAAGUUUUUUUUUAUCUUGUUUUUGAUGUUGGGUUCAAAUUCUUCACAAUCAUGAAAGAAAUAAAAAGACAACAAACCAUAGAUGCUGUGAUUUAACAGAGUCCAAACUUGAAGCAGCUAAAUGUUGCUUUAAUCAUUUUCCUAAUCCAAACAACCUGGACAUUUUCAUGUGUCUCGUGGAACUCUGCGUUUUAUUACGUUGUAAAAUCGAUACUCCAGAUCAUGAAUCAGUUACAGGACAUAUUUAUUCUAUUCAGUGAAUUGGUUUGGUAGCGUCUCCACCUCAGCCGGGUUCUUCUCCUUCUUGUGCACAUCUACAGUAUGUGACAUGUUUAUUUUGUGAUUAAAAACAAAAAUGCGUUGCAGACAACCCCGUAACAAUGAUGGCUAACGCGCUCGCUGAGCGCCUCUUUUCACAUGUUUAAAUUGUCGGGCUCGUGUCUGUUCAACACUUAGGAUUAGGCAACGGGACGGGUUGACAACUGGAAGGCAUAUGGUAAUGAUGCAGGACAUUUGUGAGGAUUUGGAGGAUGUU